GCUGUGACGUCAGGUCAUUAGUCGCCUACUUCAUUUUACCGCGUCUGGUGCUGCUGCCUUUGUCCGUCUCUGUGCCACUUUCUCCCAAAUUUCACCCAAAUUUCCACCAAAUCCCACCGUUUUCUAUCACAAUGGCCGAAGAAGCACCCGCAAUGAAGAGGGAUAACACCAUGGUGGCCACAGCUAAGGAGGGCAUCGAAUACCUCCGGUCCCAAGGUCCCAAUGUACUGAAGGCGCAUGGCUUGGACCAGCCAACAGAGGGCGCUUCGAAGAGUUCGGACAAACCAAAAAUGCAGCGUGAUUCCACUAUGGUGGCCACUGCCAAGGAGGGUAUCGAGUACCUCAGGUCUCAGGGCGCCCACAGUGUGCUCAAGCUGCAUGGCCUGGACCAGCCGCCAGAGGGCGCCACAAGCAGCGACACACCCAGAGUCAAGCGAGACUCGACAAUGGUGGUCACGGCCAAGGAGGGGGAAGCCUUCUUGGAGGCUACUGGAGGGGUAGCAGAAGACGCCAAGACUCGUGCACAGCAGAAGGAACUGGAAUCCACGGAGGAGGUGCCCAAACUGACGAAGGACAACACCAUGGUCACCACAGCAAAGGAGGGUGCAGAGAUUCUGGGAGAUGACGAGCUGGGCGGGACCCGGGCUGAGACGAAGGCCAUCAAGGAUGCAGAGGCAGCAGAGGAGGACGAGGAGGAUGAAGAGGAGGAGGAGGACGAGGGAGAGGAGGAGGAUGAUGAUGAUGACGAAGAGAAUGGUGAGGAGGAGGCAGGAGACACAAACGAUGCACCUGUUCCCGCUGUCAAGCGCACACACACCAUGGCAGACACACUACAGGAAGGAGAGGAGUACCUGAAGCGCCAGAAGACGGACGAAAACGGCGAGAAGGCAACAGAAAACGGCGAGAACGGGGAGAGUGCAGAGGCCGUGGCAUCCUAAGACACCUCUCUUGCCUGCUGUGUGAUUCGCUGCGUGCGAGUGUACUUAUAUUACACCCCCUCCCCUCGCAAUAGGUAGUGAAGUCUUAGGUCCCGUAGUCGGUAAGGUCCUUAGGGGGAAGCCACGGCUGUACCAGAAACUACUGGGUCAGUUUAUAGGAAAUACAAGGAGGCAGUCCUUGUACAAAGUGAAGAUUAUAUUGGCCUGGAAUGUUGAGCAAUGGAUUUGACAAUAUUUUGAUAUACAUGUAUCUGCCUGUUUAUACAUAGUCCAUAAGGUGACCACUUUUAUAGCAUCGGUGUUCUACCAUAUCUACUGGUCUGUCAGUUACUAGUUCCAAAGACUGAAUAUUAUGUUACACUUUACAUUGACUUGAUGUGCAGUUUGCCGCUGCCUAAUGCUAUAUUGCAGCUGUGAGUUGGAUGACCUUGAAUUUGUUGCAUUUGAUGGUAAGAGCUAAUGCAAUGCAGUAUCUCGCGUGGCUGCAGUAGUUUCUGGAACAGCCGGGGGGCGCCCGUAGUGGUUUGGCAGGCCAGCCAGAAAUCAUGCCGUCUUCUCUCUUCUUGUGUUGUACUUAGUGGUGGUGGGGCGAAUGCAUGAGCUUUCUUUUGGGGGAAAAGUGGUGCAAGCAAGUUUGGGUUGUGACACUCGGAUGAUGACCAAAAUUGAAAGUUGGCUGGCUUUGCAAAUAUCUGUCAUUUAAAGCAGCCAGGGAAAGAACAAAAAGUUAUGUUUGUAGAAUUUGUAAAUCAACUGAGUUUCACACCUACUAGAAAAAGCUACCAGAAUUGUAGAGGUACUUCGAAAGGUGGGUUGUUUUGGGUGGUUGGUUACCAAAACAUAUUUUUGCUCUGGAAAUUCCCACUCCAGCCUAGAAGCACAUAGCUCUUGCUCUCCCCACUACGUGUAUAUGUUGAUGUUACAUUGUAUUUUGUGUUCACUAGCACCUUCUGACUCAUGCCCUGCACCCAGACAUACAAUGUAUGGUACCAAAAAGCAUGUAUCUCAAGCUCUCCAGUCUUUAUACAUCCUCAGCUGCUCUUCUGUAAAGAAGUAAGACCCAGGGUUACUUGAUCAUGGAAAGCACAUGAUUUUUGUCAGGAAUAUCUUUUUUUACUGAUAUGGAACACAGAGGAGAAUUUGAAAGUGACUUCCUUGCUCUGCCCUCUGUCACAUUGCUAAGAUCAGGUAGCAGAUGUUUACGCACUGAAAUUCUCACUUUUGAACACGUGUUGACAAAUGGAAACAUAGCAGUGAUUCAACUGAUCACCUUUUCUGGUACUUUACUUCUUUGUCCAUUGCUACUCUAACAGUGGCUUAGUGCACCAGAUUGGUACUGGAGCACUGGUUAUCUAGAGUGGUAAAGGUUAAGAGCCCUGUGAGCCUGGGUCUUGCUUCUAGAGGGCAGUAAACCUGUACAGUUUGUAGCCACAGUCUCAUGCCUGCUGUAGAAAGCUGUUGUGCGAUCAUGCACCUGGAAGAGACACCUGCGAUUGUAAGGAAAAAUCAGUAUGGUCUUUUUAAAAUUGGAAGAGACAAAACAUCUUUACCAACGAAAUGUAAAAUAUUGAAGACAAAAACAGUACAAAUUCGAUUGAUGCCAUUCACAGUGCACCUGAAGUAAAUGGGUGUAAAGUUUGUUUUUUACAGUUUGAAAUCCUGAAAAUGUUGGAUCUUACAAGAUCAAGAAGAAAAGCCAUACUGGUACCCUUAAGUCACAGGUAAUUUCUCUUACCAAUUCACAACCUGUUACCAUGGAUA